GUCUUCCGGUCCUGUGAGCCAGCUGUCAUGGCGGCCUCCUAUGGGACGUUUACCUCUCGGUGAAACUGAACCAACCGAUUAUGAACAGUUUGUUUCAAAAUGAGCUGAAAGCAGAACCACGUGACUGUCAGGUGAGACAGAACACACGUCAUUUAGGAGCGUGUCCGCGCGCAUUUUCACUCUUUCUGAGCAAAAAAACCUACAUGCGACUCGUGUCGUGACGUCUUGAUGCUGAAAGGUAUGAGUGUGAUGUCAUCAGUGAUGCGGGGGGCCCGCCGGCUCGUCCACGCUGACCCAGCUCUGCUCAGCAACUUCCUGUCUCGGCCCAUCCUCUGUCCCGCUGGAAGCUCCGCCUCCCCGCUCACCUGUCAUCAGACCAGGAAGUACGCCUCCAAACAGGUCAAAGGUCAGAAGAAAGAUCAAAAGAACCAGAAGGUCAAAGUUAAAGUGGACAAACAGGAAGUUGAGAUCAAACAGAACAUGACGGUGGCGUCUCUCGCUGAGGCCAUGAACAAAGACUUUGAUCACAUCUUGGAGGCCCUACUGAACACCUCUGUGGAUGUGGACUCUCUGGAGCCUGAAUCGGUUCUGGAGGAGAGGUGGAUCAAGGAGGUGGUGACACGAUCCGGGAUGAAGUUCAGAUGGGCCAAACUCAGUGAGACCAGAGAGAGACCCAACAGGGACGUCCACAGGAAACCUCCAGCAGACCCGUCUCUCUUAGUGCAACGCCCCCCGGUGGUCACCAUCAUGGGUCACGUAGAUCAUGGUAAGACCACCCUGCUGGACAGUUUGAGGAAGAGUCAGAUCGUCUCCACGGAGGCCGGAGGCAUCACUCAGCGCAUCGGAGCCUUUCUCGUCCAGUUGCCUACAGGUGAAAAGAUCACCUUCCUGGACACCCCGGGUCACGCUGCCUUCUCCUCCAUGAGAGCCCGCGGAGCCGACGCCACAGACAUCGUCGUCCUGGUGGUGGCGGCCGACGAUGGCGUUAUGAACCAGACGGUCGAGUGCAUCCAGCACGCCCACAGGGCCAGAGUUCCCAUUAUCGUGGCAGUAAAUAAGUGCGAUAAGCCUCAGGCCGACCCGCAGAGAGUCAAACAGGAGCUUUUGGCUCAUGACGUCGUCUGUGAGGAGUUUGGAGGAGAUGUUCAGGCGAUCCACGUCUCUGCUCUCAAGGGCGACAACCUUCUGUCUCUGGCCGAGGCCACGGUGGCGCUGGCGGAGGUCUUGGAGCUGAAGGCGGAGCCUAGCGGUUCCGUGGAGGGGCUCAUCAUCGAAAGUCGCACUGACAAAGGCAAAGGUCCUGUAACCUCUGCCAUCGUCCAGCGCGGGACGUUGAGGCGAGGUUGUGUCCUGGUGGGGGGGAAGAGUUGGGCUAAAGUCCGCUACCUGUUUGAUGAGAACGGGCAAGCGGUGACGGAGGCCGGGCCGAGCACGGCGGUGGAGGUGGUGGGCUGGAAGGACCUACCCUCUGCUGGAGAGGUCAUCCUGGAGGUGGAGUCGGAGCAGCGAGCGAGGGAGGUUGUGGACUGGAGGACGUACGCCGAGGAGCAGGAGAAGCUGCAGGAGGAGGAGGGCGCCAUCGCGCUCAAGCAGAAGCUGCACCUGGAGGAGUACAGGAAGGAGAGGGAGGGGCUGACCCACCUGAGCUGGAGGCAGAGGAAGUCGGCGCUGUACCGAGCCAACAAGAACAAGUUCUCUGCGAGGCCGAGCGAGCGGACGCAGAGCGCCGAGCCGAGCCUGCCGCUCAUCAUCAAAGGAGACGUGGACGGCUCGGUGGAGGCCAUCCUCAACCUGCUGGAGAGCUACGAAUCUCAGCAGCAGUGUCAGCUGGAGGUGCUUCACUUCGGCAUUGGAGACGUUUCAGAGAAUGACGUCAACAUGGCCGACGCGUUCUCAGGUUCCAUCUAUGGCUUCAACGUUGCAGCCAGCAGGUCCAUCCAGCAGCUGGCGGCGAAGCGAGGCGUCCCGCUGAGGCUCCACUCCAUCAUCUACAAGCUGAUCGACGAGCUGAAGGAGGAGCUGAGCAGCAAGCUGCCCCCCCUGCGCUCAGAGAACAUCGUGGGUGAAGCGACGGUGCUCACCAUGUUUGACGUCUCUGUGGGGAAGAAGAAGGUUCCGGUCGCCGGCUGUCGGGUUCAGAAAGGUCGACUGGACCGGCGCCUGAAGUUCAGACUGAUCCGUGGACGGGACGUCGUGUGGGAGGGUUCUUUGGCGGCGUUGAAGCACCACAGAGACGAGGUGCACACGGUCAAGUCGGGGAUGGAAUGCGGCCUGUCUGCUGACGGAGACGUGGACUUCAGGGCCGGUGAUGUCAUCGUCUGCUUUGAGGAGCUGGACACUCAGCAGGUCACUUCCUGGGACCCUGGUUUCUGACCCAUUACCCACAAUCCUCAGCUCAGACUAAUGUAAAUGUGAUAAUGGAUGUAACAAAUCGUUUCGACAUAAAUUAUUCAACUCGAUUCAUUUUAUUUUGUGGAACCGCACACGAUGAUCUGCAACAUGACAUCACUUCCUGUCGUACUUUAGUGGAAUAAAGUUCAAACAUCGGUUUGUUUCAAACAUUUUAAUACGGAUUUAAAUGAACCAGUUCAGAAAAGAAACUUAAAGCAAAAAAGUUACAUAAUGUUCAAAGGAAAACGCUGCUCAGGACCUCGUCACUUCCGCCUGGUCUUGGUCGGUUUGGCAAUCAGUGCCGGGUCGAUCUGAUCUGGAGUCAGUCCUCUGACGGAGAAGAGGCGCUGCGCGCGCUCCUUCAGGGUCCCGCCGCACUUCAACCCACGCGAGAUCAGCUCCCUCUUCAGGACGUCCA